AUGGACAACAACACUCAAGCCAAUGGUCCGGGUCCAUCAUCGAGCAUGGAGACCAGCGCAGUUGCAUCAACCUCUCGCCAACCUCAAGCCGGAUCGAGCGCAGGCUCAUCGACCCAAUCGCACACCCUGCUCUGGUCCAAAUCCAAGGUCUACGUUCAUCCGUCGCCAUACGCAAAGCACAAUGUACCCGGCUACCUUGCCCUCAGUAGGGCUGGUCCUGCCAAGCCAGGGGCCAAGGUGCUCCUCUCCUUCCUUCCCGAAAGCCUCGUAGAGCAACGUCAAGAGUUGGAAAAGUUCGUCCGCAUCGAGUACACCACCUCGGCCAGAGCCAAUGACGAUUCUCAAGCCGAGCCACGUCAGAGUCUCGACGCUGUAGAAGACGACGACGACGACAGUCAAGAAUCCUUGCUCAUCGCAGCGCCUCCCACUUCUUCUACCUACGCCUUUUCGCUGCCGCUCGACAGGAUAUACAGCCUCACCAUCAAGACGCCUACCAUCAGCUCGUGGUACGGCACCGUCACCAUCAGUCAGCUUGGCGGAGUUGCGAUGCCUACACUUCACUUUCACGAUGAUGAAAGCAAGAGCACUGUCCUAUCCAUGCACAAGGCAAAGCAGAGCGCCUCGGCCGACGCCGCUGCUGCUGCUGCAUCAUCUGCACUGGGCCAACCUCAUUUGGAAGACCCCUCCCAUUCUUCUGCACGAGCCGGCUCGUCAGCCUGGUCUUCCGCAUCUCCACGUCGCACCUCCAUACGCUCCACCUCACCAGCCCCCACCUGGGGCGGCGACGAGCUGGUGCACCAACUGCGCAAGUACGCCAACAUCCAUCGCAGCGCCAUCGAGCCCAACCUCUUCCUCGUCAACCCCUCCCGUUCUGACCUAGAAACCCACAACACCCCCCUCUUCGACGAUGACGCCAUCGACACUCCCAAUCCUAACCCAGCCAACGCCGCCUGGAGCAACGACCUCUCCGACAACGCCUACUCCAUGAGUCCUCUCCACCAGUCCCUGCCCGGCACGCCCAAACGCAACGAGCUCGCCAUGGACAACCUCACCGUCUGGGCCAAAAGCGCACGCAUGUCGAUGCUCACCUCGUUCGCCCACUUCACGCAGCAGGCUCGGCACGCGUCUCACACGGUGCUGUCGCAUCCGCUCGCCAAGCCGGUGGUGCCGCAUCUGCCGAGGCCGGUGCAGUCGUUUGCGCACGCCGGACCCGUGCCGCUCGGACCGAACGAGGGCGAGUGGGAGUGGCGCACCUCGAGCAUUGCCAAUCAGAGCGGGACGGGCGAGUACUACGAUAGUGCGAGGGUGUACCUGGCUCGGUGGGCGAGGUUGGUCGCGGAGGAGGGGGAGAAGAAUCGACGCAAGGAGGAGAGGUUGGGUGCUGGGCUGGCGGGUGCGAGCAGUGGCGACUCGCCAGCCCAAUCGUCCAGCUCUGGUGGGGCCAAGACGGAAGGAAGCGAACUGGGAGCUUUCGAGCUGCUUGAGAAGAUCUACGACCUACCGCGUCCGACGUCGGAACGCGAAGCCAGGUAUGCUGAUCUCGCCGUCGAUGCUUCUCCCUGCUCCUCCGGGUUGAAUCUCGCCGAGUGGAACUCGCUAUUCGACGUCUCCGGUCGACCCUUGCAUUCCGCUUCAGAGAUCCGACAUCGCAUCUUCGUCAACGGUCUCGCCACGGAAACACGAAAGCAGGCGUGGCCGUUUCUGCUGGACGCCAUCCCGUUCACCACCACUGCCGCCGAUCGAGCCGCGCUAUGGGAAGCGCGCGAGGUCGAGUAUCACACCUACAAAGCGCGGUGGCAGCACGAUGACGCGCUCCUCUCCACCGACGAAUUCCGCGAACAACGGCAUCGCGUUCGGGUCGACUGUCUCCGGACCGAUCGGACGCACCCUCUCUUCUCGCGCGAUGCCGUCUUUGCAGCGGAUCCAAACGCCGAUCCUAUGGAAGACCCCAAUCCGCACACCCAACGACUGGGCGAGAUCUUGCUCACAUACGGUCUGUGGGAAUCCGAACAUUCCGCAGCCGAUGGGCUAGCAGGCUACGUCCAGGGCAUGUCGGACCUCGCUUCGCCGCUCUACAUCGUCUGUGGCGGCGACGAGGUGCGCACCUUUUGGUGUUUUGUCGGGCUGAUGCAGAGGACAAAGGGCAACUUUAGGCAAGACCAGAGCGGGAUGAAGAGUCAAUUGCUCGUGCUGCAGAAGUUGAUCAGUAUCAUGGACCCAGCGCUGUACGGGCAUUUGGAGAAGACGGAUUCGUUGAAUCUGUUCUUUUGCUACCGGUGGUUGUUGGUUCGGUUCAAGCGGGAAUUUGCGUUUGAGGAUACGUUGGCGGUGUGGGAGGCGUGCUGGUGUGCCGAGCCAACAGGCUCAUCGGUAGAUGGGGCGAAGGGAGUCGCAAAGCAGGUUCGGGAGACAUCGAAGCCAGACGGCGUCCCAUCCUCCUCCGAAACUGGAAAAGAGCAACUCGAAGCCGCAGAAUGGUCCCUCACCCCAUCCUUCCACCUCUUCUGCGCCCUCGCUCUACUCGAACUCCACCGCGAACCUAUCAUGCGCUACCUCGCGCAUUUUGACGAGAUCCUCCAGUACUUCAACAGCCUCACGGGCGAAUUCGACGCCCAGAUCGUCAUCAGCAAGGCCGAGGUGUUGGCCAAGAGCUUUCACGAGAUCCGUGCGCACAGUCGCACCGCGGCUGCGGGGGAUGUGGAUCUGUUGCACAUUCUGACGGAGGAGGAGCUCAAGGUGCUUUUGUAG